CGUUGUGAAUAUUUUGAACAUGUGCUUUAUAUCGUAAAAAUGCCAACUGUCCAAUAUUUUGGAAAAUGAGAAAAAAACUACAUUUCUGCAUUUGUGGAAGGACUGCGUUUUAUUAUUAUUUUUUUUAUCCCCGUCCUGCUAAACUGUUUUGAACAACACGAACUGAAGCUGAUCAUCUUAAUCAAGAUACACCACAGAAACAGAGAUGACGUAUAUUCACAAAAUGAUGCAACUUAAGGAGACACCUGUAGUCAAUGAAGCCACAGAGUUACAAUUCAUUUCUGUUCUUACUAAAAUAUUAUUUGUUUCAUUUCUUCCAAAUAGUAGUUGAUGGUGAUAAUGCUAUUCCCACUAAAGGUCCCAAAUUAUUGUUGCUUUAUUGUAUUUGCAUGUCUAUUUCUAUUAAAUGCUCUCCAAUGAUGUUAUUUUAUCUUCAAAUAGACAGUUUUAGGGCUGCACAGUGGCGUAGUGGUUAGCACUUUCGCCUUGCAGCGAGAAGAUCCCUGGUUCGCGUCCCGGCUUUCCCGGGAUCUUUCUGCAUGGAGUUUGCAUGUUCUCCCUGUGCAUGCGUGGGUUUUCUCCGGGUACUCCGGCUUCCUCCCACAGUCCAAAAAUAUGCUGAGGUUAAUUGAUUAUUCUAAAUUGCCCGUAGGUGUGAAUGUGAGAGUGAUUGUUUGUCUUUGUAUGUGGCCCUGCGACAGACUGGUGACCUGUCUAGGGUGUCCCCUGCCUUCGCCCGAGUCAGCUGGGAUAGGCUCCAGCACCCCCCGCGACCCUAGUGAGGAUUAAGCGGUGUAUAGAUAAUGGAUGGAUGGAUAGACAGUUUUAACCCAGAUAAUGAUGGCUUAUCAAGUUGUUACUCCGCCAAGGAACGCAGUGGAGUUAUGUGAUGAUUGGCGUGCGUUUGUCUUUCCGUCUGUUAGUCUGUGUUAAACAUUAGACAAAAACAGAAUAACAGAUUUGGAUGAAAUUUUCAGGGAAGAUCUGAUAUGACAUAAGGACCAACUGAUUAGAUUUUAGCAGUGAUGCGGCGUAUUAGUCUGGAGCCACGGAUGUGUCUAAGAAUUCUGUAUCACUGCGAGAUAGAAUCACGGCGUCACUGUAACUACGACAACAGGUGAACGCUACGUCAGCUGAAUGCUGAUGAUCACAUGAUCCUACUACAAAUCCACCACCGCAGACUUAUCCGUCGGAAAUUAUACAACGACUGAGCAGCCUUCACUUGUGCACCUUAUCUGAGAUUUGGAACCUAAAAACUGCAACCAUGUCAUGGGUCAAGACUAAACUUUAUCUUUAAAACUGGCUUAGAGGCACGUGUUGCCAUAGUAACAGACAAAGAUUCAUAAAACUUUAUAGCUGGGACAAGGACAAGCUGCACCACAGCUGGGACUGAAAAUUUAGGACUUGCCUAAAUUUAGAUUUGAUGGAUCUGGUCGGUUAUCUCUUGUUCUGGAAUAACCCACUUGUGAUGUGCUGUAUAAGAUUGCGUCACAAAACCAGGUUCAUGACUUUUUGAAACAGUUUCUUCUGAAGGUCAGAUUCAAUCCAAAUAUAUUUAAAGCCCCUAAAUGUUCUCAACCAAACCAAAAUGCAUUUCUGUCUCUCUUGUAACUUUUAAUGUCGCUCUGCCCUGAGCCUCCAUCCCACUCUGGCCCAGCUGUUCGCAGAGCUUUGAGUUUCCCAAGGCCCCCAGUGCCCUGGCUCGGGACACCCUCCCAGUGCUGCACUCCCCCAGGCCUGACUGCCUGCCUGCCUGCUCUUCUUGGCAACCAAACAGCCAGGGGAGGAUCAGGAUGACCGGGCGGCUGAGAUAAGGACCACAUGAAGUUCCCCACAUUACCUCACCCGAUAAGGAAACAAGCGGAGAGAGACGGAGAGGCAGAGCGAGAGUCAGACUGGGAGGAAUUCUGCGGAUGGACAGUGAUGUGCACAGAGGCAGCCGCUGGUUGGGGAGUUUUCACCAGUUGUUGGAGGGUCUGAGAGGAACUUUGGUCCUGCGGACGCCUCGUGAACUCUGGAGAGGAGCUUGGAGAUGCCUGAACAGAUAGAAAUGAUCUCAAAAAUGACACCAGAAGGCUGUUCUUCACCCAAAAGAAUCUAGAUCAGACUUCAAAGUAGAACCCUGACCAGAUGGAAAGAUGACCUCAGGCUGUGUGUUUUGUUGCACAUUCACUAAAAUAUCUCGUAGAAGAUAAUAACUUUCACAACAAUCUCCAGCGCUUGAAAGCAAACCUCCAUCCAGCCAAUGAAAAUAGACGGAACAAAAGUGAUUUAAGUUUUCAAGAUUUUGCCUUCAAGGCCACUUUGGCAGCAUCCAUGGCGGUGAAUCCUCUGGAAGGUCUCAUGUCGGUUGCAGUGAACCACCAGCUGGUCUCCACAGAUCUGCAGAACCAGCAGCCUCCUGCAGCUGACAGCCCGGCAUCCCUGCUCGGACUCCGGCAGAACUCACGGAGCAGUCGGGAGUCCAGGAAGUGGCAGGUGCAGUCUGUGUAUGAGUCCAGGUCAAACUCUGGUUCUGGUUGUGGUUCUGUGGUCCAGACCAGGGCGCUGAGGAGUCAACACUCCCCGGAAAACGCAGCUCGAGAGAGGAGUCGCGUUCGCAACUUGCGGCAGGCCUUCCACAGUCUGCAGGCAGCUCUGCCCUCAGUACCUCCGGACACGAAGCUGUCCAAGCUGGAUGUUCUGGUUCUGGCCACUAACUACAUCGCUUACCUGACAGAGACUCUGGACCAGGGAGGGACUCUAGCUGAGCACAGUCUGCCCUCCAGGCCGGGAGGAUACCUGCAUCCUGUUAAGAAGUGGCCGAUGCGUUCGCUGCUGUAUUGCGGCAGCGUUGGAGAGCUGCUGUCGGCCAAUCAGACGCCUCCACCUGGACGGGACGGGACACACCCUCUGACCUCUACCUUAGACGCUGAUAAAGAGUGAUAGCAGGACAAUGGACGUAACUUUCACCGCGUUUCUUAUCUCCAGUCUUAACCAGUGAGGUAGCUACUAUUGAUCAAUGCAAAGUGUGAGAUUUAUUGAGAUACUGAUCAGUGACUUUCAAAACUACUUUCAAAACACCUGCUUCGUAGUUGCAGAUGUUUCAGCAAAGCAGAAAAUGAAAGAAGUACUUUAAGUCUUCUAGAAGUUAAAAGAAGGCACAAAUUUUAGCACUGUGAAUGGAAAAUGGAAAAUAUAAAUGGUUUUUAGAACUUUAUUUAAUCUAAAUAUCAAGGUUGGGGCUUAGAGUAACCUGCAGCUGCAGUGGUAGUGGCCAUUGUUAGUUCAUAUUUUACUUUAGAAACAGGCUGUAUGUCUUCAUUAAACCAAAAUGAAAAUUUUUUUUGCAGAAAUUUGGAGAGAAAAAAAAGUGUUCUCACAAGUUUAACACUUACAACACAGAGAUUUAGAUUUAGCUUUGUUGAAAAUGUUCCAUCAUUAUCUAAGCCGCAGACAGCAGCAGUAAUGGAUUUAAGACGAGGAAAUGAAAAAUCUGCUUCACUUGACUAAUUACACCACAAAUCACUACAUGGAAGAACAGUGUGUAACCUGUUAUCCUGAUUUAGAAGCUUUACAGUGUUUCAUUGUUUUUAGAUGUUAAUUUCACAGUAUGGAAGAGUUCAGUCACCUGUGUGCGUUUUUUUUUAUUUUUUAAAGAAAUAAAAUUUAUGUUUGUGAGGAA